AUGGGUGGUCAAAUAUGUAAUGUGAUUAAUCCAAUUACCGGUGCCAAUUAUUCGGAAGUAACUGAUAGUAAUCUUCUAUGCAACUUCGAUAGUAACGAAGUUGGUACCAUGAUUGUUACAAAUGAAUAUGGACGUUCAAUGGUUCGUUCAGAUCUCUAUCGAAUAUCUGCUACUGGUCAAUUUUAUAAUUUUCAAACUUAUGCAAUCGUUUCAAGUGUAUCACCAACAAUGGGUAGCAUAGAAGGUGGUACAACAUUAGUUGUCAAUGGUCAAUAUUUCAGUCAUACUACUCAAUAUCCAAUCAUAGUUCUCGUUGCUGGAGAAAUUUGCACAAUUUUAAGUGUCACUUCGACGACAAUUGAAUGUAGAACACCUGUCAAUCCAUCUAUAGGUCGCAGCCAAUAUCAAGGUGGACGAGGUCUUCAAGUGUUUUCUGAUCGAAUCAUAGUUAGUCAAAUAUCGAUGAGCAGUACAAACCCGCCAAUGCCUAGUAUAAAUGCAAAUCAAACAUGGAUUGAUGAUGCAUUAUAUGUAUCCCAAUCAUCAUCAAAUGAAACUGUAUGGAUUAUUGGAUUUGUGCGUGUUCCAACCACGGCAACCUUCUCAUUUAUUCUAAAAACUAAUGGCUAUGGAGUUUUGUUUUUAAGUUCGAAUGAUAGUCCAAUCAAUAGAACGAAAAUUGCUGAUGCCAUUACAGGAUAUAAAUCAAAUCCUAUUGUUUUGGAAAACAAUACCAAUUAUUAUCUCUUAUGUCUUGGUUCUCGAAUCGGUGGCAAUUUAAGUAUAUCAAUACAAGCAAGAAUGCAUGAAACAACAUUAACAGCAGGAACAUCAAGUUUAGUUACGAAUGAAAUUCAACGUAUCGAUAUCAACACUACGGUAACUAAUGAAAAACAGAGUCUUGUAUACACAAUGAAUUCAACAAGCAAUGGAACAGCUGAAGUCCAAACAAUUGCAGUUGACAAUUCAACUUUUCAGAUUGGUUUUUAUGGCGUCUACACGGGUGUACUCAAUGGACGACCGACAGCUUCAAUUGUCCAAACGGCUCUCAAUGAUUUACCAACUAUCUAUCCAUUGUCUGUUAGAGUACAAUCGACUAGUACACUUUACAUUAUCACAUUUCCUGUCGAAAUGGGUGAUGUGCCACUACUAAAUGUUAUUUCUACAGCAGUCAAUGAACCUAAUGUGACUGAAACAGUUCAAGGUGUUGCAUCAGGCACCAAACUAGCUUUUCAACUUGAUGGAGCAAUGACACGUUAUCUUGAUUUUGUUAACAAUAAUCUUACAGAAGCAAAUUUGACUUUAGCUAUUAAUGAACUGUUUACUAUUCGAUGUCCAGUUUCUCUCAAUAAUCCACAAGCUACACCAUCGAUUGUCUAUGUACAAGAAUUCGAAAUUGGUUGCAUCUUUGACGAGGGUGUGGGUGUGGGUGUGGGUGUGGGUGUGGGUGUGGGUGGGUGUG